ACUGCUUUUUGGAUCGAAACUUCGUCGUGUGGUUUAUGCCAUCAACGCUGCAAUUAUUCAUAUAAAAGUCGCGGGUUUCUUUAGCCGAUCUGAAAAUUUCCGCCUGAAGCUAAUCGAUUCAUCGGAUAGCCAUGAGUUUCCUUUUUGGAAAGAGGAAGACGCCCGCAGAACUUUUGCGGGAAAACAAAAGAAUGCUGGAUAAAUCAAUUCGGGAAAUUGAAAGGGAGAGACAGGGCUUACAAACACAAGAAAAGAAGCUCAUUGCAGAGAUAAAGAAAAGUGCCAAGCAAGGGCAGAUGGGAGCUGUUAGGGUGAUGGCGAAAGAUCUGAUUAGAACACGACAUCAAAUUGAAAAGUUUUACAAGCUGAAAUCUCAACUUCAAGGUGUUUCCCUCAGAAUUCAGACACUAAAAUCAACACAAGCUAUGGGUGAGGCAAUGAAAGGCGUCACUAAAGCGAUGGGUCAAAUGAAUAGACAGAUGAACCUUCCCUCUCUGCAAAAGAUAAUGCAAGAAUUUGAAAGGCAGAAUGAGAGGAUGGAAUUGACCAGCGAGGUGAUGGCGGAUGCCAUUGAUGAUGCACUUGAAGGAGAUGAGGAAGAAGAAGAGACCGAAGAACUGGUGAAUCAGGUUCUUGACGAGAUUGGUGUUGGUAUCAAUUCUGAGCUUGUUGACGCUCCCUCUGCGACUGUAGCCACUCCGGCUUCUAAGAAUAAGGUCCCACAAGCGGAGGCAACAGGAAAUGAUGAUGGCGGCAUAGACAGUGACCUCCAGGCCAGGUUAGAUAAUUUAAGGAGGAUGUAAUUUGUUUGUAAUAUAUAUUGCUCUGGUGACACAUGAUAUGCAAUGCGAGCUUGUUAUAUUUGUGAAAAUGUUUUUAUAUAUGCCCGGUUUGAAACAUAUUGAAGUUUAUAUAAGAUUUUGGCCACGAGCUACGUAUCAGAAAUAGAUUCUUGUGCCUGCCUCUA